AACGGGUGGCAAUCGUUCAACACCACUUUCUAGGAAAUCCAUAUUAAUCAAUAUACCAUGUCCGAAGAACGAGCGCAGCGUGCCGCCAAUAACAAGUCUCUCAGGCUUAUCAAGACUGAACUCGAAGCCCUCGCCGAGCGUGGUUUCAUCUCGGACGACCAAUAUGAUACGAUAAUCAACGCCCUGCCCGCCGAGGCAUCGCUCAACGCCAGACCAACCCCCACCCCAGCGCCGAACACAUCCUAUUCCGAAGCCAACUCAUCCACAGACCGAAACUCACCCCACGCACCACCCUCCUACCAACAAGCGCAACAUCACCAACCUCCUCCCCCACCACCCCCCUCGAAUCACAGAGAGAUCGCCCACGCCGUCGCCCUCUGGGCCUACGUGACGCCCGAUGCUCGCGACCUCAACCUGCAGCCUGGAGAUAGCAUCUCCGUGACCGAGUUCGUGAAUGCCGAGUGGUGGAUGGGGAAGAACAUCCGCUCGGGCGAGGAGGGCGUCUUCCCUUCCAACUACAUCAGGCGCGAGAACUUCCCGUCGUCGCUGGCGCAGGCACAGCCACAGCAGAACGCAUACUACGGAGAUCAGAAGCAGGCACAGCAAUACCAGCCCGGCCCGAGCAACCCUUACAAUAACCCGGUGCCGCCGGUGGCGAUUGCGGAGCAGCCGCAGCAGCCGGAGGAGGGGAAGCCGAAUAAAGCUGGGGAGAUGGGGAAGAAGUUUGGGUCGAAGUUGGGUAAUGCGGCUAUCUUUGGUGCGGGUGCUACGAUUGGAGGGAACAUUGUCAACUCGAUCUUUUAAGGUGGAGAGAGGGAGGCUGCUUUAUGUUGAUAGAUGGAGGGCCGGAUAGAGAAACUCAAAAUUAAGAGACGGCAUUACAUAUUAUAGAGCAAAGAUAUCAUAACGCUCCUGAGACC